AUGGAAGAGUUGAUGGACGUUCUUCAGCAGAAGCCAGUCUCAUGUGGAAAGACCCAGCCUGCGAAGGUCCAUAGCACUGGUGGUGUCAGUAAGCCGCCAACACGCCAGCAUAGUGUGGGAGGGCAGACGCCACUCUCUCUUCCAAUAGUCAGUCCGACUAUCCGGACCCAGUGGAUGAACCACUCAGCUUGUUCCCCUGUCUCUCCUUCCAACCCCCAGACCCAGUCGCUGAACAACUCAGUUAGUUCCCCUGACUCUCCUUCCAACCCACCACCACCCACCAACCCUACUCCACCUGUGGCUGUCCUACAAGGCAGCAAACCCAAUGCUCCCUCGGAGGUCCUGAAGGUGUUCCAAUCCCCGGGCCCCCCUCUCCCCUCCCUCCCUCUUGGCUGCCAGCCUCCAAAGAGAUUCAAGGCAGUAGUGACCAGCACCCUCUCUGGUACAAGAUUCAGUGCUGUUCUGAUGAGUGUGGAGGUAAAACAAGCCCUCAAAUGUAUCGCAGAUUGUGCGGCCUCUGGUCAGCUCUUGCCUGCCGAUCCUUACAAUCUGGUCGUGGGGUCAAAGGUCGGGUUCAUAGACGACGAUGGGGAGUUGUACCGAAUGGAGGUGAGAAGGAUGCACAUGGGUAACGGCAGUAUCGACCUGUGUUUCCACGACUUUGGAGGGAGCAUCCGGACCAGUUACUCUCGCCACAGCCUUGUCACUCUCCCCGAACAAGUGGUGACAAUCCCCUGUCUCAAGUACCGAUGUGGUCUACCAACACUGCAGUGUAAAGAUUACCAUGGGUGCGAACACUUGAGUAAUAUAGUCAGAAAUUGCGCGGUCCAAAUGACCACUCUCUCGCAGCAAGUGACAAGCACAAACUUUGUCUAUUACCUCUGCGCAGUACAGCUCCCUGACGGCAGAGAGCUCGAGCCACUCAUGGCUCAGUUCUUGGAGACAGCUCCCACCCCUCGAGGUGGUGCUCCUCUAAUCAAGUUCCCACCUCUUCUCUCUAACUCCUCGCCAGCGUUCAAGCCUCCAGUGCCCCAGCCUCCCAAGACCAGCAACCUCAAACUGAUGUACAUGGCCAAAGAUGUGUCCGUGCGCCCAGUUCCCUCUGAGACUCUCUUUAUGAUUGUGCCGCGGGUCGUCGACAGCCCCUAUUCCAUCUGGGCCCACGUCAUCCACCCUCAACUUGGUGCACUCAGUCGCUUUGCAGGAAGACCUGAAGAGAGAGUACGGUGGACGGGAGGGGAAAGGUCGGGUCUACUCUCCCAGAGUUGGGGAGUUGUGUGUAGUGAGCCACUGUGAGGACCAGCAGUACUAUCGCGCUGAGGUUACUUGCGUCAACAACAAUGGGACGGCUGACGUUCGGUUUGUUGACUACGGUCAGCGAGAGAUGGUUCUGUUGUCGCAGGUUCAGCACAUCGAACCUGUCUUCCUCACCCUCCCUCUCCAGGCCGUCCACUUCUCCCUGGUGGGUGUGGCUCCCAGUGGCCACGCCCUCAGCUGGGCGGACGACGCAAUCGCCUACCUGAAGAACAAGAUUCUGAACAAGAAACUGGAUGCCAGACUGGUGUCCACCAGCCGGCAGGGGAUCCACUCUGUGACUCUCUCCAACUCUGCCAACGGUGGAAAGUCGGUUGUGGAGGAGAUGAUCAACCAUGGCUGGUGUGUGAGGUCCUCUGACAUGAAGAAAGACACCUCCGCUGGCAAGAUGGCGGGUGUGAAGAUGGUCCAGUCGCCUGAUGCCCCGAAAUCUCCUGCCAGCUCUCCUCCUCCUCUUUUCACCCUCUCCUCUUUCCCGCAACCAGUCGCACCUCCUCAAACUGCAACCCGCGGUUCGCCAGCUAAAGAAACAGUUGACAAGACACGUGAAAACAGCUCUCCAUCGACUAACUUCUCUUCUCCUCAAACUGGUGCAAGAAGAGGGCGGGGUCCUGUGUGUCGUGCUACAGAGGUCAAAAUUCCAGGAUUAAUCUCCCAAUCAAUGCGGACGUGGAGGCACUGGUCACCUCUGUCAUCAGUCCGUUCCAAUUCCACGUCCAGCCUCUGGACAAACAAUCACUCAACACUCUGAAAGAAAUUUCCAACAAGCUGAACAGCACAACGCUAGCUCCCUUCCCUCCCGGCGGAGAGUUCCCCAUGUUCUGUGCUGCCAGGUUCUCUGAGGACCAAAUGGUUCAUCGCGCAAGGAUCUGGAAGCAAAGUAGUCCCAACUAUUAGUGAAGUUCAUUGACUACGGAAAUUCCGAAACUGUUCCCCAAUCAGACGUGUACAUUCUCCCGGCCUCUUGCGCUGAACUACCUGCACAGGCAGUGUUUUGCGGUCUGAAUGGUCACCAUCCUGUGAGCCAGACACCAGACAAGCAACCUUCCCAGCAGUGCUCUCAGGACUUCAGGUCAUUGGUUGGGAAUAGAGAGGUGGUCAUCACUACCUGCGCUGUCCUGGACACUUUUCAGUCUCGCUACCCCAAAAACACCUCGUGGACUUGCGCGACAAGAACGGGAAGAUGCGCGCUGGGCCUGGUGGGUGGAGGCUGGACACGCGAAGGACGAGAGAAGCUCACCGAGGAAGCCAAAGAAGACUGGUGGCGGAAAGAG